AUGCAAGCCUUACCCGACUCGCGUCAACAGACGUUCGAAGAGAUUUACGGUCCUCCAGAGAACUUCCUUGAGAUUGAAGUCAAGAAUCCCCAGACUCAUGGCUCUUCACCGAGGAACAUGUACACCUCAUAUGAGAUCCAUACGCGAACCAACAUUCCUGCAUUCAAGCUGCGUCACUCUGUUGUUCGUCGUCGUUAUUCAGACUUUGAAUAUUUCCGUGACAUCCUGGAGCGCGAGAGCGCGAGGGUUACCAUUCCACCAUUACCUGGAAAGGUCUUCACCAACCGCUUCUCGGAUGACGUGAUCGAGCACAGAAGAGAGGGCCUUCAGCGGUUCCUGCAGAUCGUUGUAGGUCAUCCCCUUCUACAAACAGGUAGCAAGGUUCUUGGGGCAUUUAUACAAGACCCUAACUGGGAUCGCAACGCAUGGUGA